GUGUCCUUCCUUCCUCGGCCUUGACAAGAAAACACUGAAUUGAUAGAUAGAACCAUCAGAAUCACUGCCAUUCUCUCACCAAGGAGAGGAACAAAAGAAACCAGGAGCAAAAGAGAAAAAAGGAACUCUAUUCUUCCUAUAUAAACACCUGUCUCCCAUCCAAAACAAUGUCAUUCCAAGAAAACCCUGCAAAGGAGACUCUUCAAAAGGAGUAACCAACCCUCAAUGAGUUUUUGUAGUAGCUUUUCUCUCUCUCUCUCUCUCUCUCUCUCUUUUCCUAGAAAUUAAGCAUGUCGUUUCUUUUUAUUAGUUGGUUGUCUUUUUAGCACCUUCUCCUUGAAGCCCUACUCUCCAUUUUUCCACUGAAAAUGAGAAGCCCGGAAGAUUGUUAGCACUAGCAGCGGCCUCUUACUGUUACCAUACCCUAAACAAUACUUUUUCCAUUCCCAAAGAGGACGGUCCCUUAAAACCAACCGCAGAUUUUCCUUUCCUUAUUGCGGUUCACAAACCUGUUGUGGAAAUCAACAAAGCCUUUCGUUUAACUCGAAAGUGGAAAGAUCGGUUUCAGCACGCCACUAAUGCAAACCCUUUCAUCGUGAAAGCAUGUAAAUCCUAGUCUUUGUGAUUCUGCAGGCAAAAAGAAAAAAGAAACAAGAAAAGAAAAAGAGAGAAGACUAGAAUCAGUUUCAGCCAUGUCCAACCUAAAAACAAAGAAUAGCUAGUUCUUCUCAUGGAUGCUUUCAACACAUCUAUGUCGCUACCUUUUUCCUACACUUUCACUAUCACAGGCAGUAGCUGUACUACUAGCACCAACAGUACCAGCAAUCCUUGGAUGGACAGUAGGAUAUGGAGCAAACUACCACAAAGGCUGCUUGAUCGGGUGAUCGCAUUUCUUCCACCACCAGCCUUUUUUCGAGCUCGUUCUGUAUGCAAGAGAUGGUAUGGGCUCUUGUUUUCCAGCAGUUUCCUGGAAUUGUAUAUGCAAAUAUCACCACGCCACCAUUGGUUUCUGUUCUUCAAGCACAAGACACUGAAGAGCUACAUCUAUAGAAACAACACCGGCAGUGGUGGCAACGGAGACAACAGGACCAACUGUGAAGGAUACCUCUUUGACCCUUACGACAUUGCAUGGUACCGCAUCUCCUUCAACUUGGUUCCUUCCGGGUUCUCUCCAGCUUCUUCCUCUGGUGGGUUGGUUUGCUGGGUCUCUGAUGAGGCUGGCACAAAGACUCUUAUUCUAUGCAAUCCCCUGGUUGGUACUUUAAGCCAAUUGCCACCCACGCUGAGGCCCCGUCUCUUUCCUUCUAUAGGGUUAACAGUUAGCCCCACAUCUAUAGCCGUCGCAGUUGCUGGUGAUGACUUGAUUUCUCCUUAUGCUGUCAAGAAUCUAUCCACAGAAAGCUUUCAUAUUGAUGCAGGUGGGUUUUACUCAAUAUGGGGCACCACUUCUUCCCUGCCGCGGCUUUGUAGCCUCGAAUCAGGUCGAAUGGUUUAUGUUGAGGGCAAGUUCUAUUGCAUGAAUUACAGCCCAUUCAGUGUCCUGGCUUAUGAUAUUCCAGCAAAUAACUGGUUCAAGAUUCAAGCUCCCAUGCGAAGAUUCCUUCGAUCACCAAGCUUGGUGGAGAGUAGAGGAAAGCUGAUCCUAGUCGCAGCUGUGGAGAAAAGCAAGCUUAACGUACCAAAAAGUUUGCGACUUUGGGGCUUGCAAGCUUGUGGUACAACAUGGGUAGAAAUUGAAAGAAUGCCUCUGCAACUAUACAUGCAAUUUGCAGAAGUCGAAGGCGGUAAUGGUUUUAACUGUGUUGGGCAUGGGGAAUUUAUCGUGAUCAUGAUUCGAGGAUCAGACAAGGCACUGCUGUUUGACAUCUGUAGGAAGAGGUGGCAGUGGAUUCCUCCAUGCCCUUACCUUCGCGGUGGCUGUGACAACAACGGAGAGGGUUGCGAAUUGUAUGGUUUGGCUUAUGAACCUAGACUCGCUACGCCGGUUAUCAGCCUUCUCGACCAAUUGACGCUUCCCUUUCCCUCUUUUAAUGGAUGAUGAUUGACUGUUCUAAAGGCAGUAACGUUUUACCAUCUGCCCUUGUAGUAAGAGUAUGUAGAUGCAGUGUGUGAAGCUUUCGCUCUUUCCUCUGUCCAAUGCAUCGAAUGAAUAAAUUUCUCUUAAUAUACCAGGCCAGAGGU